AAGUGCUUUCCGUAUAGCAGUAAAUCAAAGGCAUUAGAAAACCCAAAACAAAAGCCAAGCUUUAGUUUUAGAAGCAGUACAAAUUGAAAGCAAAGUUACCCAUUUAAGCUUGAAAUUUCCCGUGCGACGUUGUGUCACGCAGCAAUAAAUUUCAUUCAAAUUUCUAGUUAGUUCUCAUGUAGUUUCUCAAAUUUUUCUUUUCUAGAGUGCUCUUGUAACCAAAUUAUCAUAUAAAACAAAUUAGUAAAAUUAGACACCUCAUUCGAACACUUUAGUGGCUAUAGUAGAAAAGCUACGAUCUUAUCAAAAGUUAUCGGCUCUGCUUCUCAAUACAAGAAAAGAUGAGUGACAAGUGUCGUGAGUUCCUGAAGGAGAAGAUCAAGACUCUGAGUGGGGAGUGUGAGGAGAAGAAGGGGAUGGUGGAGGUGUUGACCAGAGUGGAUGGGGAGUUGCGGGGUGAGAUUGCAGAGCGGGAGAAGGAGGUGAAGGAGCUGAGGCCUCUCUGUGCCAGGAAGGAGGCUCUGCUGAGUGAAGCGGAGGAGUUUGUGAAGAAGGGCACUAAGAGGGUAGAGGAAUUGAAGGAGUUGAUAAAGACGAACUCGGCCGAGAUUGAGAAGAUGAGGGGGAUGGAAGAGAGUGCACUGAGGAGUACACUCCACGCACAGGACACUACCGAAAAGCUCAAGGCCACACUCAAACACAAAGACACGAACGAGUACAUCCCAAUAGUGCAGAAGAGAUCCCGACUGGAGAAGACUCUGAACGAGGUGGAGCUGAAGUCGCAGAGGGCGGAGGAGAGGUGUGUGAGUCUGCAGGAGGAUGUGCAUGCCAUCAGGGGCCAGAUCAGCAUCCUCAACCACGCAGUCCUCAAGAUGGAGGUGGAGAGCAAGAGCAAAGACGAGAGAAUAGCACAACUUGUGAAAGAGAUAGAGAGCAAGAGGACGGAGAGGUAUGAGAACGAACAGCAGAUUGAGACUCUGAAGGGACGAGUGGCCGAAUUGUACCAGGGUAUGGAGCAACUGGAACUGGAGAAGGAGAGAUUCGAUCUCAGCUUCCUCUGAUUGGGAGAGAGGGAGAGAGAAUGUGUUAGGUAAUCUCCGAUCAAGGAAAUCGACAACAAUUAUACCAAAAAUAGUAACUACAACAGCGAACAACUUUGUACUAGCUAGUAAAUGAAUUGAAAAAUUUCCCUGUAA